AUGUAUAAUAAAGUAAUAAAGCAAGCACCAGUACUGUUUAAUCAAGCUAAGCUUGAAGCUGAACUCGCUGGGUUAACCCCGUGGAAGUACGUCAACGGCAGCUUGCAUCGGGACGUAGAACUUACAGAUUUUGAGACGACCUGGGCGUUUCUCAAUAAAAUUGCGAUGAGGUCCCACUUGUGGGGCCAUCAUCCCACGCUAACAACUACCUAUAACAGGGUCUCGAUCAGUCUAACUACGCAUGAUGCCGGUGGAGUCACUAAUAUUGACGUUAAGAUGGCAAAGCAAAUCGAAAAGUAUCUGACUAAGUCGCAAUAA